UGUUUGCAAUCCCAACAAAUGACUGCACGAUGCCUUGGCGGGCUGAAUCAUCUUCCCGGGGUCUGGGUAAACCUAACCCUAAUCCUGGUGUAGCUGCCCACCCCCUGCAGCCCUUACACCCCACUAAAGUCACCACAUCACUUACACCACAUCCCUCUGUUGCCGCUCUGUGUCCCCUCUUGUACCCGCACAUUGUCCCCCCAGCAUCCGGGCUGUACCUUAUACACCGCUUGCAGCCCAGUGCAUCCCCUGCUUUAACCCCGCUGAAUUUCCAUCACAGCUCCACUGAAUUCGCCCAUUGCAGCCCCCUUUCCACGCCUGUUACAAUCCCCCUGGAAGCCCCAUAACUUCUCCCCUGCAUUGCUUUCGCAGCUUCAUUGCAUGCCCCCGUUGCAUAUCCACUGACAUCCCCCUGCAUGUCCCCGCUGUAGCCAUCUUGCAGUCCUUGCCUCCCCCAUCGCUUCAGCCCUAUCGCAGCCCGCUCGCACCCCGUUUAACCCCGCUUUGGCCGCUCUCCCAUCCGCUCUCAGCCCAGCCUAUCCCCCCGCAUCCCGCCCCGCCGAGCCGCAUCCCCGCCUCUCCGGGAGCGCACGGCGCGGGGGAGGCGCAGCGGAGCCGCCGCGUUCCGCUCCCGGCGCUGCCAGCGCGGCCCGGCCCGGCCCGGCCCGGCUCGGAUCGUGUUUUCAGACACUGCCUCUGCCCACAGCGAGCAGCACUUGUGCCGAGAGGAGGAGGGGAACUCUGCAAGGCAGGUGAGGCUGAGUAGUGAAGAGCAGCAUGGAUCUGGAUUUGCUGAACAUGUUUGUCAUUGCUGGUGGCACCCUGGCCAUCCCCAUCCUGGCCUUCGUGGCCUCAUUCCUCCUCUGGCCCUCGGCGCUCAUCCGCAUCUACUACUGGUACUGGCGCCGAGCCUUGGGCAUGCAGGUCAGAUAUGCAAACUACGAUGACUAUCAGUUUUGUUAUUCCUAUAGAGGAAGGCCUGGAUACCGGCCGUCCAUCCUCAUGUUACAUGGGUUCUCAGCCCACAAAGACAUGUGGCUGUCCAUAGUCAAGUUUCUGCCAAAGAACCUGCACUUGAUAUGUGUGGACAUGCCUGGGCAUGAGGGCACAACCCGCUCGGACUUGGAUGAUUACUCCAUUAGUGGGCAAGCUAAGAGAAUACACCAGUUCGUGGAGUGCAUCAAGCUGAACAAAAAGCCCUUUCAUCUGGUUGGCACUUCCAUGGGGGGGAAUGUUGCUGGCGUCUAUGCUGCUCAGUACCCAGAAGAUAUUUGCAGCCUGACCCUCAUCUGUCCUGCAGGCCUGCCAAGUACCACUGACAGCAAGUUCAUCAAGCAGCUGCGGGAGCUGCAGGAGUCCAAACGCAUUGACAGGAUCCCUCUAAUCCCCUCCACGCCCGAGGAGAUGGCAGAGAUGCUGAAGCUUUGCUCCUAUGUUCGCUUCAAGGUGCCACAGCAGAUCCUCCAGGGCCUCGUUGACGUUCGCAUCCCACACAAUGAAUUCUACCGGAAACUGUUUUUAGAAAUCGUGGAUGAAAAGUCCAGGCACUCUCUCCAUGAGAACAUGAGCAAGAUCAAAGCACCGACACAGGUCAUCUGGGGAAAGCAGGACCAGGUCCUGGAUGUGUCUGGUGCCAGUGUUUUAGCAGGUGCUAUUCCAGACUGCCAUGUGUACAUCCUGGAGAACUGUGGGCACUCCGUGGUGGUGGAGCGGCCCCGCAAGACAGCCAACCUCAUCCUGGAGUUCCUGGCGCUGCUGCACAGCAUAGACAACAACAAGAAGCAGGCAUGAGCACGGCAGGGAGCCCAGUGCCCAUGCCAGGUUAAAUUGUAAAGUACUGCAGCUUUGAUACGUUCUCAGGGAUCUUGAAUGAAUUGGGGUCAAUGUGCCAAAGUCCCUGAGGAAGGCAGAAUCACUGAUACCUAAACCUAUAGCACCACUGGCACAGCAACCUGGGGUCAUAGAGCAACCUCCAUAGAUGCAGGAACAGAAGCAGAGUAUCUCCCUUUUCUACUUAGAGGUAAGGUAGAAAUGAGCUGAAAUCACCCAGUGCUCAUCACAUAGCCACCCAUCUUACCUGGGUUACCAGCACGUAGUUGUUCAUGACAUUUACCUAAACUGUAUAUGAAAUGUAGGAAGAUACCUGAAAUCCUGGACUGAGACUGAGACUUACAAUGUUUUUACUACUUCGAGUCCAUCGUGUUGCAUGCUGCUGUGCUGUAAGAGAACCCCCAAGUGCUCCAGGCGUCUGCUUGAGUGCUCUUUGUGUAGCUCCUUAUCUCAUGAUUUAUGCAGAAAACAACAGAAAACUUCAUGUGUGGAAGUCCAAUGACUGUAUGUGCAAAAAUGUUUACACUCUGAGUGGGUUUUUCUAAAUCUCUGAAUAGCUCCUGUGUAUUUGUAAUGCCUUAACAUUGCCCAGGGUGUGGUGUCUGUGCAGAACCUUGCCCAGGGUUGGUUCUACCUGAGGGUGAACACAGCCAGUGACAAUGGGGUGCAGGCAGCAGCUUUGGCACCGCUGUGGAGCCGGGGCAGUGGGAACUGCCCAGGGUGAUUUGGCCCCUGAGCCCGAGUCAGCAAUAAGCCCAUGGCCAGGGUGUGACUCACCACCUUGGGUUAACUCUUGUCUCAGCUCCUCUAUCACAUUGUGCUGCUGAACACCUGGAUGUAAAUAAUGAUUUUCUUAAUGAAUUCUGUGAAUUCUGCAAAAGCCAAUGCCACAGGAACAGGCAUGAGGGGUGGGAGGGGGCUGUGUGUGUGACCAGCACAGGAAUGGUGAGGAGGGGUCAGCUCGCCCACAGGGUGCUGGGCAGUGUUGGGGAAAGGUACAAUGUACUUCUGCAUCCUCUCCAUGAUUACAACUCCUGACCCAGGGAGGCUGUAGGUAGAAACAGGUAAUACAAGCAAGCUGCACUUGACAGCCUGCAAGGUGAUGUUCAGGGAUGGAUCCUGCACCUCUCCAGGUGUGUCCCUCACUGCACUUUACAGCCUGCAAGGUGAUGUUCAGGGAUGGAUCCUGCACCUCUCCAGGUGUGUCCCUCACUGCACUUUACAGCCUGCAAGGUGAUGUUCAGGGAUGGAUCCUGCAGCUCACCAGGUGUGUCCCUCACUGCCUGUCCCAGGGACGGAGCGCUGGUCCCACUCUCAGGCAGGACCAGUGGGUGCUGGAGGGCAAGGCAGUGUGUGGAGCCUGAAAGGCAAAGCAGCAGGUGGCUGUCACCCCUCAGCCACCCCCAGCCCUCCUCAGGGGAUGGCAGUGGGCGUUGUUAGAGUGUUCCACCCCCAAUCCCCAACUGGGAACACAGGCUUGUGGUGCUGACAGCUUCCUGAGCUACCCAGAUCUGUACAUACAUCCCUGUCAGCUUCUUGGCUCUUUUUAAGAGAAGAAACAUUGUUCUUUUAGAAAAAUAGAAAUUUGCUGUUAAUUGCUUUGUUAUUGUUUCUACUACAGGAGUUGAUUUAACAACCAAAAUUGCUGAUAGCUUUAUGUGGUAAAAGCCAGAAAAACUUGUUCGGUAUCUAUAUGGUUUCUCCUGCCACAGAUUGCUGUAUGCAAAGGAUUUAUAUGGCUAUUAAAAUCUAGUGAUUUAAGGA